GAGAGGAGAGUACUCUGUGGCGCUAUUUUCCGCGCGAUACCAAAACGUUGUGCGAGAGUCAGACGCUGCACACUACGAUUAUCGACUCGACGUGCUGAGCCGACCCUCAGCCGCGCCAUGAGCGGUUACCUGCAGGACCUCGAUCAACGCCAGCGGAGUGCUCUGGAGCAGUUUCGCGCGGCGGUGGCGGAUGUCCGGCGCCCGGACGACACCGACGCCUACUUGCUGCGAUGGUUACGAGCACGUGAGUUCGACACCGUCCGGGCUGAGCAUAUGUUUCGUCAGCACCUGCGAUGGCGCCAGCAGUUUGACGUGGACAGCUUGCUCACUGAGUAUCAGGUGCCCAAGGUGAUGCGCGAACACUUUCCGGGAGGCAUCCUCGACUGCAAUCCGAAGGGACAUCCAGUCUGGAUAAUAAAUGUGGGCAGUGUAGACAUUAAGGGUUUCCUGCAGGUGCUAGCCCCGGCCGAGAUUUGCCGGCACUGCGUGUACCUGCUCGAAUUGCAGGAGAAGAUCAAGAGGGACGCUUCGCGCAAGUUGGGACAAGCGAUCCAUACCCAGUACAUCGUUGUGGAUCUCGAUGGCUUCUCUAUUCGUCAGCUCUACUCUUGGCAAGUGAUCGAGCUAUUGACUGAUCUGCUCAAGAAGUACGAGGCCAAUUAUCCAGAGUCCCUUGAAAAGGGGUUCGUUAUUAAUGCGCCCAACUUUUUUCCCAUCCUGUGGAAAAUCGUCCGCCCAUUUCUGUCGCAGCGGACGGUCGACAAGGUGGCCAUCUAUGCCAAAGAUGGCUGGAAGGACGACUUGGUCGAGUACAUGGACUUGGCCAAGCUGCCGGCCCAGUGGGGCGGUUUUCUGAAGGGAUCUGACGGGGACCCGCGGUGCCCGCACUUGGUGUGCCCCGGCGGCGAGGUUCCCGACGAGUACCGCAAGGAUCUCGCUUCCAAGCAGCUGUGGGGUCGUGAAGGCGUGCAGCAGUUAAGCAUCGAGCGCCGUGACCGUUUCGAGCUCGCCGUGCUUGUGGAGCAGGCCGGCUCUCGGCUUCUUUGGACUUUCCAAACGGCCAAGGGAGACCUGGCCUUCGGGUUGCGUUUUCGACCGUCACUGUCCAGUGGCGCAGGCGUGGACGAGCAGUUGCUCGAGGUGGAUCGCGUUCCUUCCUGCAGCCUGAUACCCGAGCAUGGCUCACACGUCUGUACCAGGCCCGGAACCUAUUUGCUGCAGUUUGACAACUCAUUCAGCUGGCUGAGCAGUAAGGUCGUGGCGUACGAGGUACAGAUUUUGCCGCCGCCUUGACCGCUCGACAAAUUACUGCAGCCGUUCGCUGGAGGACGGGUGCAGUAAAGCCACGAGCAACUUUAUUAAACCUCUAGCUUUCGGCAGCACAGCUUCACACCUGAGCUGCAUAGCCGACAACGGUGAUGACAACGAGACGGCCGUUGCAGCCGCCAGUGGGGUCACGUGAAUCGUCACGAAGGCCAAACUCCCAGCCGUCUCUGUCGCAGAAGCGGCGUGCAUCAAGCACAUUCGAGUAUCGGCGAUUAUGAGGGCUCGAUGCGCCAGGCUUCACACAACCGUCACGCCACGAUGGAUUCGCCCCUGGCCUUCUGCAAAGCACGUGCUUCUGCUUCAUUCAUCUGCUUUCUUUCCUCACAAUUCGGGGAGAACACUUUUUCAUGUGUCAA